AUGUCGUUUAUGUCUAUUGGAAAAACGCUGAUGAAAAAAUGGUUUUUUUUAUCUCCUUCUUAUUUUAUCGUUUUCUUUUUAUCUUGGUUUGGUCUUGGUGCCACGCCAAUUCCGAUAGCACCAUUUUUUAAUCUCCCAUUAAUAUUAAUUCUUGUUCGAUCCAAAUCUUUAAAAGUAAAUACUGUUCCCCUAUUUUUUACUAUUGCAAUUGGCGCGGGACUUUCUUAUCAUGAACCUGCAUCGCCAUUUGGAAAUUAUUAUGACGAUUUCAAAAUUCUAAUUGUAGUUGGCUGUGUCAUUUCAACUUUCACCCUAAUUCCUAUGAUUAUAGAUAAAAUUUUAUUAACUCGCACCAACAUAACAGAACUCACAAACCACACCUGGAUCAUCUUUCCGCUGCUCUGGACAGCAACAUGGUCUCUAAUUCGCAGGUAUUCUCCAUUAGGUUCAUGGGGAGACUGGGCCUAUACUAUUUGCAAUUCAGGAUAUACUGGUGAUCCAUUGAUGCAAAUGGCAAGCAUCGGCGGUCUUAGCAUUAUAAAUUUGUUUCUUGCGUUUUUCGCACAAUUUGUAGCGGAUUAUAUGAUAUAUAAUUAUAAAAUUAAAAGAAUGGACAUUCAACAGAACGAUGAAUCUUUACCAUAUACCGAAGAAACACCCUUAUUAGAUACAGGUAGAUACGAUAGUUCGAUAAAUAAUCGGAUUAAAAAUCUAUCAGAACAAAAUUGGUAUUUUAUGAUUACAUUAUGUAUUCUGUUCCUUGCUUUACUUGCUGGUGGUUCAUAUAGGCUCCAGUACAUAGAAGAUAACAAUGAACCAUUGAAGACGGUAACAAUUGGAUGUGUUUUACCUACAAACGACAUUUCCAUAGAAGAUUUACUUAAAAGUUCUGAUGUUCUAGCAAAUAAUCAUAAUAGCAAAAUCGUGCUUUGGUCAGAAUCAGCAAUUAGCAUCCGAACUCAAAAAGAGUUUGAAGAUAUGAUUG